CAGCGCCCUCGCCGCCGCCUUCCUCCUACUCCCGCCGCCGCCGCUGCUGCUUGGACGCGCGGCCUCCGGCGGCCCCGGCUGAGCUUCCUCGUGCGGCACGUUCUGGUUCGCGGUGAGGCAGAGGAGUCGCCGCCUGACCGUCUCGCAGAGUCCCUCUCGGCUUUCUCGGUCUCCCGGGCUCCUUCCGAACAACCUCGUACUCGGUUUCCUCCAGUCCGGGACCCUCCCCUCGUCGACUGAGGAGGAGUGGACACCUGACGCUGUAUCUCCCCCAAACGGGGUCCUCGCUCUGCUGACUCCUCACCCCCACACAGACGGUAGAGAGCUUCUCGAUCCCGUUUUGUCCCCUUCUCCAACUUCAGAACCUUCUGAACUCCUCUGUUCCUACUAGUCCCAGCCCCCUUCACUGUCCACCCCCACGGGGCGACCCCAUACCCACAUCCGUCCAGCCAGGUCCUGUCUCGGUCUGCGGGCCUUUCCUGACUGUCCUUCCUCUCCUCACUCCCCUUGGUUCUCCAGACCCCUCUUUAUAUCCUCUCUCUUCUUCCCCUUAUCCCUUUUCUUGGAGCUUCCACCCAAACCAGGGGUCAGCGUGCACCCCCUACUCCAGCAUGUGAGCAACUUUCAUCUGUAAUGCUGUGGCUGGGCCUUGGCCCCUUCCCUGUCAUGGAGAACCAGGUGCUGGUGAUUCGAAUCAAGAUUCCAAAUAGUGGGGCGGUGGACUGGACAGUGCACUCCGGGCCGCAGUUACUCUUCAGGGAUGUGCUGGAUGUGAUAGGCCAGGUUCUGCCUGAAGCAACAACCACAGCGUUUGAAUAUGAAGAUGAGGAUGGUGAUAGAAUUACAGUGAGAAGUGACGAAGAAAUGAAGGCAAUGCUGUCAUAUUAUUAUUCCACAGUAAUGGAACAGCAAGUAAAUGGACAGUUAAUAGAGCCUCUGCAGAUAUUUCCAAGAGCUUGCAAGCCUCCUGGGGAACGGAACAUACAUGGCCUGAAGGUGAAUACUCGGGCUGGACCCUCUCAGCACAGCAACCCAGCAGUCUCAGAUUCACUUCCAAGCAAUAGCUUAAAGAAGUCUUCUGCUGAACUGAAAAAAAUAUUAGCCAAUGGCCAGAUGAAUGAACAAGACAUACGAUAUCGAGACACCCUUGGUCAUGGCAACGGAGGUACAGUCUACAAAGCAUAUCAUGUCCCGAGUGGGAAAAUAUUAGCUGUAAAGGUCAUACUACUAGAUAUUACACUGGAACUUCAGAAACAAAUUAUGUCUGAAUUGGAAAUUCUUUAUAAGUGUGAUUCAUCGUAUAUCAUAGGAUUUUAUGGUGCGUUUUUCGUAGAAAACAGAAUUUCAAUAUGUACAGAAUUCAUGGAUGGGGGAUCUUUGGAUGUAUAUAGAGAAAUUCCAGAGCAUGUCCUUGGAAGAAUUGCAGUAGCAGUUGUUAAAGGCCUUACCUAUUUGUGGAGUUUAAAGAUUUUGCAUAGAGAUGUGAAGCCCUCCAACAUGCUAGUAAACACAAGAGGACAGGUCAAGCUCUGUGAUUUUGGAGUUAGCACUCAGCUGGUGAAUUCUAUAGCCAAGACGUAUGUUGGAACAAAUGCUUAUAUGGCGCCUGAAAGAAUUUCAGGGGAACAGUAUGGAAUCCAUUCUGAUGUCUGGAGCUUAGGAAUCUCUUUCAUGGAGCUUGCUCUUGGGAGGUUUCCAUAUCCUCAGAUUCAGAAAAACCAGGGAUCUUUAAUGCCUCUCCAGCUUCUGCAGUGCAUUGUUGAUGAGGAAUCGCCUGUCCUUCCGGUUGGAGAGUUCUCCGAGCCAUUUGUACAUUUCAUCACUCAGUGCAUGCGAAAACAGCCAAAAGAAAGGCCAGCGCCUGAGGAAUUGAUGGUCUGCCCAAGGAGAGCACAAGGUUUAGAUGAUACAGAUUUGUGUUCCAGUCCCAGCUCUGGGAGCCCAGGGCCACCCAUUCAUCGUGCAGUUUAACGACGGGAACGCCGCCGUGGUGUCCAUGUGGGUGUGCAGGGCUCUGGAGGAGAGGCAGAGCCAGCAGGGGCCCCCCUGAGGCCUCUGCGAGGGCCCUGAAAGCCCAGGACUGGUCAUCAAGCGGGAGACCCUGCCUAUCACACCCUCUCCAUUUGCUGCCUGCAUGAGAAGAGCUUUGCUGGGCCCGGGCUCCCUGCUCCCUCACCUUCGACAUUGCCUACGGAUGGCUUCACCUCCCUUACGCUCCCAGGGCCGGCCCUCACCCCUUCCCCUCUGGAGGACUGGCUCUGGCAGGGUGGGGUCAGUGAGAAUGAAGGCUCCUACUGCCCACCCCCUCUGUUUUCCUAACAUUUUUUUUGUAAGAGGUCAAGCCUGGUCAGCAUCAGUUGAUGGGAAUAAAUGUAUGACUGCUUUGUG